UUCCUUCCUCUCUCUCUCUCUCCUCCCACUUCCUCCCCUCCUCCUCUCUUUCUUUCCUUUCUUUCCCUCCGAUUACAAGACAUACCAGAGGACGCCUGAGCCUAUCGCUGAGCUGGCACUUAAAAGUUGAGGAUCAGCAACGGUUCAAGCCACAAAGCGCAGUUUGGUUUCGCUUUGCGUCAGGCUUGGAUUCGUUUCCGCCUUUGGCGCCGAGUUUAGCUGGUGGGCUACCAGCGUCAGAAGUCGGCAAAAGUGAGAAGACAAGAAGCGGGAAGGGCUGGCAGCCUCGUCCCGAUCCUUCGCCGCCAGCUGAUGUGGGCUGCAUUUCGCCGUCUGGAUCCGGAUGGGGCUCCCGGUAGCCCGGUUGGGGCUUCUGUCCGCGGCGGCCGUCCUGUUGCUGCGCGGAGGAUGCGCAGGCUCCCAUUCAUUGCGCAUUUUCUACACUCUGGUCAUGGGCUCCAGCCAGGAUGUGCCCCGCUACAUUGUGGUGGCGUAUGUGGACGACCAGCUCGCUGCGCAUUUUGACCCCCGCACAAGAAGGAUGUUACCCCAAAUGUCCUGGCUUCAUAAAAUGGAGGAGGAGGAGGACGACUCCCAUUUCUGGGAUCUGACAUCACGGAGAGUCAGCACCACAGAGCGGCGGUUCAAAACUGACCUUGCCAUCUUGCACAGCUACCACAACUCCAGCAGAGGGUUUCACAGCUGGCAGCGCGUGAUCGGCUGCGAUCUGAGCAAAGAUGGCCACAAGGGCGGGGUUUACCAGUAUGGCUACGAUGGAGAGGACUUCAUCAGCUUGGAUCAGAAGACCCUCACCUGGACCGCGGUCGACGUCCGCGCUCAGGUGACCAAGAGAAGGUGGGAAGCGGAGCCUUUCAUCGCCCAGAGCAGGAAUAACUUUUUGGAGCAGGAAUGUAUCCAGCUGCUUCAGAAGUGCAUGGUGUAUGGAAAGGAAUCCCUGCUGAGGAAAGAGCCCCCAUUGGUGAUGGUAACUCGCAGGAUCCAGUACAACAGUAUGGAGACCCUCAUCUGCCGAAUCUACGGCUUUUAUCCCAAAGAGGUGGAUGCCACCUGGAGGAAGGAUGGGGAAGUCUGGGAGCAGGACACCUUCCGGGGUGGUGUCCUUCCAAACUCAGAUGGGACCUACCAUGCCUGGCUGAGCAUCGAGGUUGACCCGAAGGAGAGGGACCGCUAUCGGUGCUAUGUGGAGCAUGCCGGGCUGCCAGAGCCUCUGAUCGUGGCUUGGAAGGAGCCUGCCUUUGUCUCCAACAUGGGACUCGUGGCCGGAGUCGUCGGGGGUGUGGUGACCACAGUCUUCAUUGCUGUUGGAGUGAGUCUCUACGUCAAAAAAUGUGGCAGAAGCCCAUACAGAACAGCAUCAGCCAGCAGACAGGAUUUUGAAAGUCCUCCAGUGAAUUGAAGUGUGCAUCACUUUGAAUCAUCUGUACUUAAAGCAGCUUAUAAGUCUAAGACUAAGUAGAAGAUAGACGGACCAAGGGACCGGCUGACUGAACAAGCCCUGGGAAUUUACUAGUUUACUUUCUACAAGGACUAUUUGAUGUUUUAACAUCAUACGCUGUUUUUUCCUCCUCUUCCUUUUACGAAACCCACUUGGCAGAUAAAACCAGAGCAAAGGAGAUUUCCAUAGAGGAUCUGCUGUGAAUCCCUGGUGCUCCUCAAGAAUCUGGUGCAUAGCUCGAGGAAAAAAAACCCACCAGGAAGCGUUCAAGCUGUUUACACAUUUAUUUUGAGUACUGUUGGCCGUUUUCUGAGGUCUCACAAUUCGAACAACUAUCAAGUACCAAUUAAGGGGAACAUUUGUAGCUCAGCAUUAAAAUGAAAUCAUCAGGCUGAUCCAGGGGUCGGCAACCUUAAACACUCAAAGAGCCACAAAGGUCCUAACCGGAAGCCCCCCGUUGAAUGCUGGAGCCAGCCAGAAGUCCAGUUCCCCCACCAUAGAAUCUCCUCCUAGCGCGGUGUCCUUUUUCCUCUGCUGACCGGAAGUCCGAUUCCCUCACCAUAGAGUCUCCUGGUGCGAUGUCCUUUUUCCUCUGCCAACUGCAAGUCCAGUUCCUGCACCAUAGAGUCUCCUCCUAGCGCGGCAUCCUUUUUCCUCUAUUGACCGGAAGUCCGGUUCCCCCACCAUAGAGUCUCCUCCUAGCAUGGCAUCGCUUUUCCUCUACCUGUCCUAACCAAAAAGCCCUAUCAAUUGUGGAGCCGACUGACGACAGGGAGCCGCAGCAGAGGGAUGAAAGAGCCACAUGCGGCUCCAGAGCCGCAGGUUGCCGACCCCUCGGCUAGUCUGAUUAAGUUAGAAUAGUACUGAGGGUGUUACCUAGUUUGGGUAAUGAAAUGUCUACAAGGAAACAACCAAGUUCAAGAGCACCAAGGACGCCUCAGCUAUAAAAUAGCAUAACAGAAUGAUUUUAAAUUAAUGCUGAGUUGCACAGGAACAAAGGAGGGCGAAGAGAGCCAUUAUGGCUAAACUCUUGGCCUGGGAGCAGGAAGAUCCAAGAUCUAGUCAUCACUUAGCCAUGGAAGAUUUUUGGGAGACCCUCUUGCUCAACUGUAAGACUGUGAGCUCUAGUCCUGUCUUGGGCCUGAAGUUAGCUGCGUGACAUUGGGCCGAUCAUCCUCUUACAACCCCAGGAAGCAGGCAAGGGCAAACCCUUUUGCAAUCACCUCAAAAGAAAAUAGAUACAGAAUAACAGAGUUGGAAGGGAUCUUGGAGGUCAUCUAGUCCAACCCCCUGCCCAAGCAGAAGACCCUGUACUAUUUCUGACAAGUGGCUGUCCAGCCUCUUCUUGAAAGCCUCCCGUAGUAUUAUCUGUACUAAUUUAACCAAUCAUAAAACCAGAACACUGAACUUUUAAAAUGAAUAAUAAGGGUGGGAGAGGAAUGGCCCCUCUUUAUGCAGAAUGUUGUUUUGACUCCUGAAUUAAACCAAUAGUCAGAGUUAAUACUCUCUGAACUGAAUUGCAGCUAACAUGCUGCGUUCAGAUGUAUCGGUUCAGCUUCUAUAAUCUGAAUUCACACAGUACACUGAAUUGUCAGCUAGCCAAGUGGACUGGUUUAACACACACAAAUUUAGCAGGCCAAUGAAUGAGGACACUGGAAUUAUAACUGAAUUGGUUAAACGUGUCACCGAAUGUAAGACCGGAGGGAAUUUAUAGGUCAUCUACUCAACACCUCUCCCUGAUAUUCGUACAAACAUCACUACUAUGUUUGGUAUGCAUUCAUCAAGCUCAAUACUCUGAUGCUCCUUAGAUAAAUUGGGAUUAGAGUUCCCAAUGAGCAUCAUUCUAGGAUUAGGAAGGUUGACCUAAUCUAUUAUUUAUAUUUUUGUAUUUUGGUUAUUUUAAAUUAGCUACUUUUUUUUUUACAGUAUUAUGCUUUAAAAGGCUUGUAUGCUUGGAUGAAGUUAUCCAUAAAUUUAAUAAAUAUCUGACUUGUCUUUACAUCAUCGGCAUCAACACU